ACGGAUGUACUGGCUAUUGUAACGUCAUCUUCCCGCGACAAAAGACAGUUGAGGCUGCAGCAGCAUCUAUGAAGCUACGUGUCCCGCGAUUUUAGAAAUAACACCUUUAUAUUCUGCAACCAGUAACGGGAUUAUUUUACAUCUAUAGCGCUCUCUGUCAGGUCACAUAAAAACGCGUCAGUGAUUUUGCUUUGAUCUCCCAGAGAUCUUAAAACCUCGAGUACGGACUUUUAAGAUGGCGUCGGUAGAUCUGAGAGACAACCUCCUCGGAAUUUCGUGGGUUGACAGUGGAUGGCCAAUCCUCAACCCCGGCAAUGUGCUUGAUUACUUUUCCGAGAGAAGCAACCCAUUCUACGAUCGCACAUGCAACAAUGAGGUGGUCAAGAUGCAGCGACUCUCGCUCGACCAUCUGAAGCAAAUGGUGGGAGUGGAGUACACCCUUCAUUAUGCUCAGGAGCCCAUCCUCUACAUCAUUCGUAAGCAGCAAAGGCAGUCUCCUAAUCAAGUCAUCCCCUUAUCUGAUUACUACAUCAUUGCCGGGGUAGUGUAUCAGGCUCCAGACCUGGGCUCUGUCAUUGGCUCCAGAGUGCUGUCUGCCAUCCACGGAAUCCAGUCCGCCUUUGACGAGGCCAUGUCUUACUGUCGCUACCACUCCUCCAAAGGGUACUGGUGGCACUUCAAGGACCAGGAGGAAAGAGAAAAGACCAAGCCAAAGUCCAAGAAGAAGGAGGAGCCCAGCUCCCUGUUUCAGAGACAAAGGGUCGACACGCUGCUGCUGGAUCUCAGACAGAAGUUUCCCCCAACUUUCUAUCAGCCCAAGCCAGGAGAAAAGCCAAUUCCAGUGGAGGUGAAGAAAGAGCCGGAGCCGCCCGUGGAGUCAGUGAAGCAGGAGGAGCGGGAGCCGGCGGCCAAGGCUCCCGCCCCCACCCCGCCCGCCAAGCCCCCCCCGGAGAAACGAGCGCGGCUGCAGUGAUGACACGCUACCUGACGGGCCUCCCAGACCAAAUGCAAACGCGCGAAGUGCCACGCUGGCGGACACGGCCGCAGCCGUUUCUGAGGCUAGCGAACCCUUGCUGCCAUGUUAAGUGGUGUUUCCAUACCAGUGCACUGUGUGGAUCAAGAUGGACGAUUUAUUUCGUUUUGGUUUUUUUUUUGUCUUUUUUGCUGGGCAGGUCAAAAAAAAGAGGUUAUUCAGUUGUGAAAUGGAAUCAUGGGUUUCUCAGUGGCGUGCUUGACAGGGGCACUUGCUUACAGACUGGACUGAAUCUGGAGAGUGCCAGUGUUGGCCACAUUCAGGAGUCCUGCAGGGUGAUGUAUGAAGGCCCUGUAGCUGCUCCUAGUGCUGUGGGGAGUGUGAAGGGCUUCGCUCUGCACUCUGCACUCUGGCCUAGCGGACAUUUGCGCUCUGUCUUUAUCGGCUGUGCAGUCCUCCGGCCUGGUGGCUGGCAGGUUAGUGUGCAAGAGCAGUGGUCAGCUGACCUCACACAUUUCAGCGGAUGUGCGGGACAGUGUGUGUCCUUCCCAAACCGAUGAAGAAUGUUGCAGAAUGGAGCAGACCUACAGUUGUGAUUGAGCAUUCUAAAUGAGAGAGAAUAGCGAAAAGGGAAAAAAAUUCAAAAAUAAAAAUAUUGGAGUAAGUGGUCCAGCCCUAAAUUUUGCCUUGCUUCAGUUCUUCAGCCUUGGUUUGGCCACACACACACACACACACAGUUAGGGAAAUGCAUAUAGCUGAAAUGGGAAAGUAAAGCCGGGUCGUGGUGAGGAGCCAGUGAGACUCGGCUCAGUCUCUCUGAAGAUGUGGACUCUACGUACGGCUGCAGCAGGGAUUCUGCACUCCUCUUCCGCCCACUCGCUCUGUGGGCCAGCAUGCCUGUGCAGGAGCUCUGUGUGUCUUACAGCACGGACCGUGUGACCAGCCCGGAGCGCUCGUCUGCUCUCUGCAGCUGCCUGGACAUGUUGGGGAUGUUUACCGGUGCAGUCAAAACACAUGACGUGUUUUUCUUUAUUUUUAUAAGGAACCGGAAUAACCUUCUUUUUAGAAGGCAAAUCAAGGUUCUGGAACAUUCUCUUCUGUUUUUCAGGGUUUCUGAGAGUUUUGGUUUUGUAUAUUUUUUAGUAUGUAGGGAACAGUAAGUGAUGAGUGAAUUCUUAGGUUUUUUUUUCUUAUCUGCUUUUCUGAUCACAGGCAGCAUUCCCAGGAUCCUUAGGUACCAGAAAAAAAACAUUUUUGUGUAGAUUUCAGAAAGGUAUCUGGUCAAAAGCCAGCCUGUGGAGUGGCGCUAUUUUUUUUCUUGUGUGUGUCUGCAUGUCUCCUGAAAGAGCUUGGCAGAAAUGUUUCAUACUUUCUUUAUAAAAACGAGUGAAUAAAAUGUCAUUGUGUUAAGAAAAACUGAUGUAAACUGGGUGGGCUGUCUUGCUAGAAAAAUGCAGCAAAUUUUGCAUAAACAUUUUGAACGAAAUAUUGUUUAAUUUGCUUAAUUCCCUUGCAAUAUAUUGCAAAACCCAGGUUGGUCCAAUGUGUAUUGUGAAAACGGGUUAUGGGAUAUCAGUUACAGAUAAACAAAUGUGAAUGCAGUUGUGCUGAUCUCCACAUUUUCCGACACCUGCAGCCAUGUGUUUUAAAAAAAGCUUUGGGAGGCAAAAUAAUAGUGCAGGAAAUGUGGGAGGGAGCAGGCAGUUUGGUUGCGGAGGGCAGAAAUAUCCCUGGCCACAGUCUCCUGGCACUGCGCUGUGCACCAGUCAGCAACAUCACAUCUGCUUUGGCUGCGCAUUCGGACCGGUCCGUAACCAAAUAACAGCCAGGCAGCCACGUGUUCCUUCCUCUGCCGACUACGCUACGUGGCCAAAAGUAUGUGGACACCUGACGUCCAACAUCUCAUCCAAAAUUUGGGGCAUUAAUAUGGAGUCGGUCUGCCCUUUGCUUCUCUAACUAGCUCCACCCUUCUGGGAAGGCUUUAUACUAGAUGAUUCAGUGUUGUGGUCAGUGAGGAGCUGGUCUGACUGGGCACAGUGGUGAGAAGUUCUACAGAUCUGGGGGGAGGUGUCACACACUGCAUCCUCACUGCACUCUGCGAUUCAGUGGACUUGUUUGCUGAGGGCACACUGACCUCAUACAUUACACCAUGUUCUGUGAAAAAUCAUUCCCUUAAAAUUACACAGUAAUGUAUCUAUGUAAUUCUGUUGGGAGGUUGAAUUGGUUUGACCACGCUGUUAACUCAAGCAGAGUCUUAACAGAGCACCUCUGAGAUGCGCUGUACUGCAAUUGUGAGAUAACAUCCACAUUUGGUCAUUUGCACUAUAUAUUCUUUUUGCUACAUGCAUUGCUAUGAACAUGCAAGUCACUGAGAUUUGCUCUUCAAGUUUGGGUAAUUGAUUAUCACUGGGAAGUAAAAUAUAAUUUGACCUUUGUACGAUAAAAAACCCAAAUUGCUUAUACCGUUUGCAAUGCCACUCCUUGAAAAUAUGAAACAAUUGUGGGAUAUAAUGCCAUCUUGUGGUGAAUGUGUGUUGCACCGAACAUUGGAACUUGGAACUUAACGUACAUUUUCACAAUGCUGUUUACUCCGGACCCAGGCCUAGAACGAGCUAAUACAGAUGAAUCAUCUGAAACUAAUGUCUGAAAUCUGGGAAGCAUUUGCUUUAACCGAAGAAAAUACGUAAAUAUGAUGACGUAACUUCUAAAUGACAGAGGUCAUCAUAAUUAAUAAAAUGAAAGAGGGAAAAACGGGCUGACAUGGUAAAUCAAUGAUGAUGAGGUAAUGUGAAAAUUAUGCUGAAGAAUAUCCAGGCACUGUUAUGGAGACAUCUAAUGCACCUAAGCGGUAUUUCAUGGCUCGUGUGGAUCUGAAUUGUGUCUGUUAGUAAUAUAAUAAUGUUGUUGUACAUUAACUUUGUCUUACUCCGACUUUUACAUGCUCAACUAAAAUUCUGUCAAUCUGAAGGUUGAAAGUGUGUCACUGAAACAUAUGUUUGCAUUUCUUUCCCUGAAAAUAAACAGAAAGGCGUUGGA